AGCAAAAAUCGAAUCUUUCCGACGGCUUUGGUCCAGAGAAGAUUCUCUCCCCGGCGAUCGAUCCCAUCUCUUCUCCUCCUCUUCCUCGAUCUCUCCGCCGCCGGCCCGCCGCCCACCUCGAGGCUCGAGCGGGCGAGAUGGCGAAGGCAAAGACGAAGUCAUCGGCGGCGGCAGCGGCAAAGCAGUCGCGCGCGCAGGCGAGCGGCGGCGGCAGCGGCCAGCACGCGGUGCCGUCGAAGCUCUCGCGGUACCUCGACCCGGAGGCGUCGUGGGACAAGGACCAGCUGCUGGACGCGGUGCACUGGAUCCGGCAGGCCGUGGGGCUCCUCUGCGGCCUCGUCUGGGGCGCCCUGCCCCUCGUCGGCGCCCACUGGAUCGCCCUAUUUCUGGCUAUUUCUACCGGUAUAAUUUACUGGUACUACGCAUACGUGUUGAAGAUUGAUGAGGAAGAGUUUGGAGGCCAUGGUGCACUACUUCAGGAGGGGAUGUUUGCUUCUUUCACCCUGUUCCUGCUUUCAUGGAUUCUUGUAUACAGUUUGGCUCACUUCUGAGAAGCUCCUUUAUUGAACACGGCAUGGGGCUUGCCCACCGGAUCCAUCAAACUCGCCAGGAAUGUGUAGAUUACAGAUCUUAGAAAAGCAUUGUAUUGUGAGUAUUAAAUUGGUUCAGGCAGUAAUGCUGUUUCGGAAUCCCUGUGUAAUUUUUUAUAAGUUUGGGUGGUUCAAUUCAGCUUCAGCUAGAACAAUGCUUGUGGAAUCUCGAAACAAAUGAAAUUACAAUGUUACUGUCAAACAUCACUUGCAUCAGUUCAAUAAAUUAUUUUUGUGUCAA